GGUGCAAGCUGGGGCAUCGAUCGGCAUCAGUCCCUGCCUUCAUGGCAUUUGUAGUCUGGAGACAGACAUUAAACAAUUAUCACGGUGCUGUGGACGCAAAUAAUGGAAAGGCAGGAGAGGCUUCCCUGAUUAAGUGAUACUCCACUGUGAUGAAACUGGGUGACUGGAAUUAACUAGGGACAUAGACAGGGUGUGGGGAGAACAUUUCAGGUGGAAAGAAUAGAACGCGCUAAGGUCCUGUGGUUAGUAGGACCAUUGUUCCAGUGAACGGAAGGGUAGUCACGGCUAGAGCACUGAGACUGAAGCGGGCCUGGUAGGGAAGGAGGCUGCAGAGUCGUUAGCAGGCAGACCACACUUGGUCUCAUAGUGGAAGAUUAGGAUUUGGUUUCUGUACUGAGAACAAUGAGAAGCCACUUGUUGAUUUUAAGCAGGGAAUUGGAACUGUGUUCUGAAAAGGUCCCUCUGGCUUUAGUGUGGAAACUGCAUGGGUGUGUGUGUGCGGCGGGGAGGCAAGGGUGGAUGUGACACCAGCAAGCAGCGGGACCCCUGUGGGCUGUGUCGUGGCGGAGGCCACGGAGAUGGAGAGAAGGGGCGUCCAGGAGGAUUUAUGAGAUUAGAUGAACAGUGUGGAAUAUGGGGGCGGACAGUCCCGAGAAAUCAUUCCCGCAUAACUGGUGCCUGGUGACGCCACUCCAUGAGCAUAAGAACACAGGAAAAGAGCCCUAUCUCGGGUUGAAAAAUAGCAGUUCAGAGGCUUUGCGUUUCGGGCGCGUCUGGCUUAUCUUCCCUCAGCUCUGAGCCCACCUCAGACACCGCGUCCUCGACCUGGAGGCAAACUCAGACCCUCUCACUUUUUGAAGGACCGAGUAGGUACCAGGACGGCCAAGUCGCCCAGCCACGGCGUGAGAAUGAUCCAGAACUGGCCCUAUUGCAGUCUGGAGGAAGAGACGAACACUAAACAAGCAAGUGUAUUCCAUCCGGACGAACGCGAUCAGCAACCGGCCCCAAGCCACCAGAGGCGCGAAGGCCAGCUUGCGAGUUGAAGGGAGAUUGCACCUUCUGCGCAUGCCCGGGGCUGGCGCGUUCGCGGGGCCAGCCCGGAUGACGUCUCCUCGCGGCGUCUACGUCUGACGUCACUUUUCGGCGCUGGCAGGAAGAGGCGCUAGGCGGCGCACGUGGGUGGCUGCGCGGCGGGCUGGCACAUGGCGGGUCCUGCAGGGCUGGCGCUGUGCGGGCAUGCGCUGGUGGUGCGGGGCGGCAGCCGGUUGCUGGCCACCUCCACUUCGAGCAGUGAUGAUGACAGCCUCUUCAUAUAUGAUUGCAGUGCUGCAGAAAAGGAGGCACAAGAGCAUAAAGGGGAGGACGGACAGCCCGUGGAUAAGGGGAGUGACACGAUUCUGGCGUCCACCUUCUCCACGUCUGGCAGCUAUUUUGCUUUAACUGAUGACAGUAAGCGUCUGAUUCUUUUCCGUACAAAACCAUGGCAAUGUCUGAGUGUCAGGACUGUGGUGAGGAGGUGCACAGCCCUGACCUUCACGGCCUCUGAGGAGAAGGUUCUGGUAGCAGACAAGUCUGGGGACGUUUACUCCUUUUCGGUGCUGGAGCCGCACGGGAGCGGCAAGCUUGAACUGGGACACCUGUCCAUGCUGCUGGAUGUGGCCGUGAGUCCCGAUGACCGCUAUGUCCUCACGGCCGACCGGGACGAGAAAAUCCGAGUGAGCUGGGCCGCGGCUCCGCACAACAUCGAGUCCUUCUGCCUUGGGCACACCGAGUUUGUGAGUCGCAUCUUCGUGGUGCCUGACCACCCCGAGCUGCUCUUGUCCUCCUCCGGGGACCGCACCCUGAGGCUCUGGCAGUACAGAAGCGGCCGCGAGUUGCAUUGUUGUCACCUGCCCAGCCUGCAGGAGCCAGCGGAGCCCUGGAGCGACAAGAGGUUUGCUGCGUCCAGGAUCACUUACUGGCGCCAGGAGGACUGCGUGGCGCUCUUGUGUGACGGAUUUAUGGAGCCUUGUUUUAUGCUCCGCAAUAUGGUGGUGGUUUCACGCGCCCUUGAAGAGAACGUGUCCCGUCGUUGCUGGCUGGAGGAGUGUUCUGUGAAUGUCCAUCAGGUCAAGUCGGUGAUGCUGUUGGCUGUUACCGACUUCAGGAACACAGCCAUCCUCCUAAUUUCUGUGUACCUCUCUCACGUACGGAAAGCAGUACUGAAGUGUCUAAUCGUGGAACUGAUUUUCCAUUAUCCUAGUGGUUUUUGAUUCUGACGUUAGGUGCGUACACACGUAGGAGUAGCGUGUCAUCUUGGCGAGUGAUGCCUUAUCAUUCUGAAAUACCCCUCUGUCCCUAGUCCUCUUCUUUGUUCCGAAGUGUAGGUUAUCCUGUGGAUGCAACCACUCCAAGUAAAAAGUUAGUGUUAGCGUGGAAUUCCUUUUGUCAUCCCUUCUAAUCUAUGUAUGUAUUUAUAUUUAAAGUAUUUUUUUUUGUUGUUUUUUGUAAACAAUGUCUUCUUAUCCUCCAAAUUUUGGAUUUCAGUGGGAAUUCCGAUGAGCCACGUAUGUAAUUUAAAGUGUGCAGUAGUCACUUUGAAAAGUUUGAAAAAGCAGAUAACAUUUUGAGAAUAGUCUGUUUAACCAAAUACAGCAAAAAUAGUGUUCCAACAUAUAAUCUAUAUGUUAUUCAUGAGCUAUUUUACAUUCUGUUUUUAAUCUUAAUUGUCAGAAAUAUGGUGUGUACUGUGCAUAAGGUUUCCUCUUUCAGAAAGCCCUGGUAGCCUAGGUAAACUGACUGCGUGAAUGACCUUGCUUUGCCCUUCCCACAACCUAAUUCCCACUCUUAAGCCUCAAAGUAGCCAAUAAACAGUGAGCCCUCGAAACCCUAGGCGCCCCAGCGUCGACCCCAGUGGAGGCGGCGCCCCAGGCUCGUGCAUUUGCACGGUCACUCUCUCCUCGGCCUCGCUGUGUGGCCCUCGGGCAUGCUGUGCCCUCUGGGACUGAGUAAUAAACCUCAUUUCGCAAAGUUCCCCGGUGGCUUUUGCUGAAGCGUGUCCUGCAACCGUAAGAACCAGACAGGCUGGUCCAGCCACAACCUUGGCUUUGGUGGGGAAAACGCCUGGGGGCUCUCGCUCUCAGUAAUUCGGGUUGUGUGGAGCACACGUGCGGUUCUGUAAGAAAGCUCCGUACCGUUUUCCAGAGUGGGGGUGUCGUUUUACAUUCCUGUGGGUGAUGCACGUUGACCCAGUUUCUCUGCAUCCUCACCAGCAUUUGGUGUCGUCACGGUUUUAUCUUGAGUUUUGAGAGUUCUUUGUUCAAGUUCUUUGCCAGAUAUGGUCUGCAAACGUCUUCUCCCAGGGCGCAAUUCCUUUUUUCAUCCUUUGAACACGGGGUCUUUUGCAAAGCAAACACAUGUAAUAUCGAUGGGCUCCAGUUGAUCAGUUUUUUCCUUUGACGGAUGGUGCUUUUGGUGUCAAGAAUCCUUUUCCUAGCCCUGGCCCCUCAGGAUUUUGUCCUAUGAUAUUUCUAGAUGCUUCAUAGUUUCAUGUUUUACAUUUAAGUCCAUGAUCCAUCGUGAGUUAAUUUGUAUGUAAGAUGUGAGGUUCUGUUCUUUGACUGUGGACGUCUGCCUGCCCUGGCACCACUUGUUGGAAAGGCUGUCUGUCCUCCGUUGAAUUGCUGUUGUGGCCUUCAUUGUGGAAGGAUAUUUUCACUGGAGGUAGUUCUUUAAUUUUCAUUUCUUUGGAGAUGUUCCUGCUCUGUCUCGGGGCCGCCCUGGUCUCCCCAGGGUCUGUUUUCCUCUGUGCUGGUGGCCUCAGUGUCUGUGCACAAAGUCCGUGCCCAGCUUCGUGCCCCGGCAGCUGGACCCUCUGCCUUUUCUUUUGCAGGUUGGCACGGUGGCAGGCAUGGUCAGUGGAGGGCGCUGGGCUGGGCUUGGGGGGCACUGCAGGAGGACGGGGCUGCUGCUCCAGGGCCCAGGGUCCUUUCUUCGUGGGCUGUGAUAUGCCGGCCAGCAGCACGGGGUGCUCUGUGACACCCCAGUGGGCUCCCCAGUGAGCGUCCACCGCACCCCAGCAGGAGGGGUCCUGGCACGUGCCCUGGCACCACGGCCAGCUCCCAGGGAGUCUGUCUCCCGGUGCCCCAGUGAGCUGCCGGAACCCUGGCAGGAGGCUUUCUGCUCGCCAGUGCCACCAGCCGGCACAUCACAGCCGCACCCCCUCAAACAAGGUCCAGUCCCCACCCCAAACCCCCAGUGGGAUGCUGCCAUCUCUCCGAGGCCCACAGAUGUCACGCUUCUCCUGGCUUGUUCCUUCUCGGACCCUCUGCGUCAGUCCUGGAGCUGCUGGCUACUCCCAGACCUCAGAUUCCUUUGUUCCUUAAAGCUCUUUACACUUCACUCAGCAACCCUCUGUUCCUAUUUAACAAUUCUUUAUAUUAGAGUUUUCCUCCUUAAAUUAUCUGUGUGAUUUCUAUCUCUUGACUGAUACACCUUCUUUUCCCCACUGUACAUAAUGUGUCUUCUCUUCCUGGCUUUUUUAAAAGUUUUCCUCUUCAUCACUGGUUUUCUGUAAUUUGAUCAUGAUGUGCUUUGGGGGGUAUGUGUAUGUUUAUCCUGUUUAGCGUUUGCUGAGUUUCUUAAAUCUGUGGAUUUAUCGUUUUUAUCAAAUUUGGGAGUUUCCAAGUAUUAUUUCUUCAAAUAUUUUUUUCCUUCCCCCUUCUCUCUUUGCCUCCUGCAAACUUCAGUACUUGUAUUUCAGACUGUUUGAUGCAGGCACCAAGGUCAACCAGUCUCGGCAAUUCCUCUUCGGGCCGUUUUCUGUUUGUGCUUCAUUGUGGAUAGAUUCUUCUUUUUAAAUUUAUUUUUGGCUGCGUUGGGUCUUUGCUGCUACACACGGGCUUUCUCUAGUUGCGGUGAGCAGGGGCUACUCUUCGUUGCAGUGCAUGGGCUUCUCAUUGGGGGUGGCUUCUCUUGCGGAGCACGGGCUCUAGGCGCACGCGGGCUUCAGUAGUUGUGGCUCGCGGGCUCAGUAGUUGUGGCACACAGGCUCUAGAGCGCAGGCUCAGUAGUUGUGGCUCACGGGCUUAGUUGCUCCGCGGCAUGUGGGAUCUUCCCGGACCAGGGCUCAAACCCGUGUCCCCUGCAUCGGCAGGCGGAUUCUUAACCGCUGCGCCACCAGGGAAUUCCAUGGAUGGAUUCUGUUUCUCAUCUUCACGUUCCCUGAUCUUUUCUUCUGUGGUGUGUAAGCUGCUGUCAAUCCAAGGCAAGGCUGAGUAUUUUCUGAAUCAGAUACUGUAUUUUUCAUCUCUGUAAUUUUCGAUUUUCUUUUAAAAGUAUCUUUCAUUUCUCUCAUCAUACUCAUUAAAAAAAUGUCCUUGAGCAUGCGGUGCAUACUUAAAAUGAUUGUUUUCUUUUACGUUGACUCCAUCUUCUCCGUCAUUUCUGGUCUGUUUCUGCUGACUGGUUUACCUUCUGUUUAUGGCACCUGUUUUCCUGCUGCUGCGCCCGGGAGGUUUUUUAUCGGGUGCCUGAUAUUGUGACACUUUCACGGUUGAGUGCUCAGCUUUAAUGUCUUCCUUUAAAGAACGUUUCACUCUUCCUGGCAGGCUGUUAAGCUCCUGUGGAUGAAGUCGAUCCUUUCGGGGUCCGCUCUGGAGCUCACCGGGGCAGGUCUGGAGCAGCCUUUAGAGGGAUCGUGUGCUCUGCUUCCUGAGGCCGGCCCACCUGGCAUCCCUGGGGAGCACCCCGUGUGUUCAUGAAGCCUCCCCAUGCUAGGCUGGCCGGAGGGGCCUCGGAUGACGCCUGGCCUGGGGAUUGUCCUGUCCUCAGAAGUAGCCGUGUGGGCCUCGCGGGGUUUCACCACACGUGAGCAGGGUGGUGUUGAAGCAGAGGCCCAAGGGGACCCGGGCAGCUCCCUCUUCUCAGGCGCCCUGUCCCCAGCUCAGCUGCCCUGCCUCCGAAUUCCCUUCCACCCGCGCCCCCUGUGCUGCGGCCGAAGGAUUACUUGAGGCGAAAAGUCCUCAGGCCUGUGUCGCCAGGUUUCCAGUUGGCCCUGGGGGGCGGGGUGUGUGUGUCUGGGCCCGCCGUGUUCCCUGUGCUCUGGGGCUGAGUCACAUUUGUCGUGUGACGGGUGAGGCCCGGCCUCUCGUCUCUGACCGGCCUCUGACUGUCCUUGGCCCAGCUGCUUGGCAGUGUUUCCUGGGGAGGGGGUGGGGGGGGCUGCUCUGAAGAACAUCUUUCUAGCCUUUCCUCUGUUGUGUGCACUGCACAUCUUUCCAAGGUUGACUUCUGGCUUCGUUUUAGAUAUUUUCUUUUUAAUAUGGCCUUUCCUGGUAGUCAGAUUCAGCCAUCUUUUUACGCUCUUUGGGUAUCACACUGUAUUGGGGAAGGUUUUCUCCACCCUGCCUACCUUUGAAACGGCUGGUCUAGGAAGUGGGGGGCAGAAGCGUGGGAUGAAAGACGGGACACUCCCGCCUGACGUGGGGAGGAGCACGUGGGAAAACUGUGGUUUCCGCGUCAAAAGCCAUUUAUUUCUCCCCCCAGGCCUGGCUUUUUACCUGUGAAAUGGAGGCAAAGUGGUUCUAAGAUUCACAGUGGGAUCUGCCAAUGUUUGAAGCAGAAAAU